CUAUUUUUAUACAAGAAAUCUCAAGAAGGUCUUUGUCACGCUCGCACACGCAAAUGCAAGCGUGACAAUCGCAUGCGAGAGAACGCAAACGCAUGCUCGCAAGUGCGCUCGCAAAAUUCUACGUGCCCGGCGCUCUCUACAUCGGCGCUACCGUAGCCGCCGUCUUAUUCGGUAUAACAAAUCUACAAACGGUCAUUUACUACAAGAGAUACCCUGAUGACUGGUGGGUCUACAGAUAUUCUGUAGCACUACUUUGGGUCCUUGAUACCCUUCAUGUCACUUUAAGCACGCAUGCCCUAUACUAUUAUCUCAUUGAUAAGGUCGAUAUUUUCAGGUCUUUGGUUGGAGAAAAUGCGCAGUGGAGCUUUAAGCUGCAAUUUGGUAUAAAUGUGUUGAUCGUUGUGUAUGUCCAAGGGGUGUAUGCUAUUCGACUAUGGAAACGUUCGUAUUUUAGGGUCGUUAUGGUUACUAUUGUGACGGCUCACAUUGAUCCUAGUUGGACGCUAUUUUGGUAA